AAAAAAAAUUACAAACCACAGAAAGCAACAGCAUUAAAUCUAACACACACCCAGGUUAAUAUUUUAUAGGUUAAGUCAUCUGGAUAAAUGUAUCUACGAGGGUCAUUCAAUAAAUAAGGUGAAUUUUUCGGUAUAAGGACUCCUAAUACAGAUAGAAGCUUACUUUUUUUAAUUUUUUUUUUUUGUUUUACUUUUUUUUCACAUGGAUUUAAUUUCUUUUGCAGAUUAAAAAAAAACUUUGAGAGUUUUGGCGAUUAACAAAGAUGGCCGACCAAAAAGCAUGCUCCAGGAUUGAACAGCGGUCAGUUAUCAAGUUUUUGGUUGCUGAAGGGUGCAAACCCAUUGAAAUUCAUAGGAGAAUGUCAACUGUGUAUGGUGCCACAUGUUUCAGCCAAAAAAAUGUCUACAAGUGGGCUAAAUUGUUUAAAGAAGGACGGAGCAGUGGGAAGGUGAUGCUCACCGUUUUUUGGGAUAUGCAAGGCCCAAUCACCAUUUCAUUCCUUGAAAAAGGAAGCACUGUGAACAGUGCUAACUACUGUGAACUGCUGAGGCAGGUCAAGAAAGACAUAAAGAACAAACGCAGGGGUCAUCAGUCAAAAGGAGUCAUCUUGCAUCAUGACAACGCAAGGCCUCACACAGCAGCCCAAACGGUGCAGACCAUCAACGAGCUGGGCUGGGAACUGCUCCCUCAUCCCCCUUAUAGCCCAGACCUUGCCCCUUCAGACUUUCACCUGUUUGGUCCCUUGAAAGCGUUCACGAGAGGCACAAAGUUUGAAAGUGACGAUGAAGUCAAAAGUGUUGUGAGCGACUGGCUGAGACAUCAGUCCAAAGAUUUUUACGCUGAGGGAAUACGGAAGCUUGUACACAGAUGGGAAAAGUGUGUGACAGUGCUGGGAGACUACGUUGAAAAAUUAAAAAAACAUCGUGGAAGGGAAAGCGACUGACCACCAGUUUAUACUCAUCCUCUGUCUCCACUGGGAUGGGACUGUAGUUAUCCAGCUCAAAGAUCUCCCUAAGGAAAAGAACAGUUUAGUGUUA